CACGGUGGGAGCUCCCGAGAGGCGGCGAACAAAGUCCGAGGCUCGGCGCUGCCGAGGAUAGCUAUCCAUCCAGAGAAUUAAACAUCCUGAAGAAUGGCUUUACUUAUCUCCAAGUAUCUGGCUGAAAAUGUCAUAUUUCUUCUGUUUGUAAUCUCUUCUGUAAGCACGGCAGAAGCAGCUGUCACGUGUCCUGAUAAGGAUCCUGAGCUAGAAAACUGGAACCCAGGUCACAAUGAAGAAAACCGCAUUGAGAUCAGUAAUGGCAGGAAGUUCCUUCUCUCUUCUUCUGCGACUGUCCACUCUAUCCACAUCACUGAUGGAGGAAAACUGGUCAUUAAAGAUGAUGUGCAGCCUAUCAUUUUGCGUACUAGACAUAUACUCAUUGAAAAUGAUGGAGAAUUGCAUAUUGGCAGUGAGAUGUGCCCUUACCAAAGCAACGUGAUUAUCAUCUUAUAUGGGCGAGCGGAUGAUGGCAGCCAGGUGAAUCCCUACUUUGGGAAGAAGUAUAUUGGAGUAAGUAAGGGUGGCACUCUUGAGCUCCAUGGAAAGAAAAAGCUGUCCUGGACUUUCUUAAACAAGACUCUUCAUCCUGGUGGCAUGGAAGAAGGUGGAUAUUACUUUGAAAGGAGCUGGGGCCAUCGGGGUGUCAUUGUCCAUGUUAUUGACCCAAAGACGGGGGCAGUUGUCCAUUCAGAUCGGUUUGACACCUACAGAGCAAAAGAGGAAAGCAUACGUCUUGCCCAGUAUUUGGGCAGAGUUGAGAAUGGCAUGAUCCUGUCAGUUGCAGUGAACGAUGAAGGAUCUAGAAACUUGGAUGACACGGCCAGAAAAGCAAUGACCAAACUGGGCAGCAAGCAUUUCCUCCACCUUGGAUUUAGGCACCCAUGGAGUUUUAUUACUGUUAAAGGAAAUCCCUCAUCUUCUGUUGAAGACCACAUUGAAUAUCAAGGUCACAAAGGGUCAGCUGUGGCCAAAGUAUUCAAACUAUUCAAAGCUGAGAAUGGAGAACAUUUUAAUGUCUCUUCAACUAGUGAGUGGGUUCAAGAUGUAGAAUGGACAGAGUGGUUUGAGAAGCCUGAUAAAGCAAGAUCUAAGGACAUGGAGAAGCUUUCUGACUUCAAAGCUGCUCAUCCUGAUAAAAUCUGUAGGCAACCCAUUGACAUCCAGGCAAUGACGCUUGAUGGAGCUGAUUUAACAACUGAAGUGUUCUACAAGAGUGGCUAUGAUUACAGGUUUCUGUGCCAUGGGAAGGAUCAGAAAGGCGAGGGCUGCCAGAACUACAGAGUACGGUUCCUGUGUGGCAGAUCUGUGAAACCGAAGCUUACAGUAACCAUUGACACCAAUGUGAACAGCACGGUCCUGAAUCUGGUGGAUGACGUGAGCUCAUGGGAACCUGGAGACAGGCUGGUGGUUGCAAGCACCGACUACUCCAUGUACCAAGCAGAAGAGUUUGAAGUGCUGCCAUGCAAAGCCUGCAGACCCACCCAGGUCAAGGUAGCAGGGAAAGCAACAUACCUCCACAUUGGUGAAGUGAUUGAUGGUGUUGACAUGAGGGCAGAAGUGGGGCUGCUGAGCCGCAACAUCGUGGUGAUGGGCGAGAUGGAAGGGCAGUGCUAUGAGUACAGUAGCAAGUUAUGCUCCUUCUUUGAUUUCGACACCUUUGGGGGACACAUCAAGAUUGGUCUUCAUUUUAAGGCUACCCAUAUUGAAGGUCUAGAACUGAAAUACAUGGGCCAGCAGACAAUGGGACAUUACCCAAUUCAUUUCCAUAUGGCUGGAGAUGUGGAUGAGAAAGGAGGCUACAACCCUCCGACAUAUGUGAAGGAUGUUUCCAUCCACCAUACUUUUUCCCGCUGUAUCACAGUCCAUGGAUCCAAUGGUUUACUGGUGAAGGAUGCUGUGGGUUAUGAUGCACUGGGCCAUUGCUUCUUUACAGAAGAUGGACCAGAAGAGCGCAACACAUUUGAUCACUGCCUCGGACUGCUUGUUAAACCUAGCACUCUGCUCCCCUCCGACCGAGACAGCAGGAUGUGCAAGCUGAUCACAGAGGGUGCUUACCCAGGGUACAUCCCCAAACCCAGGCAGGACUGUAGUGCCGUAUCCACCUUCUGGAUAGCCAACCCACACAACAACCUGAUAAACUGUGCAGCUGCUGGAUCUGAAGAAACAGGCUUUUGGUUUGUUCUGCACCAUGUGCCAACAGGGCCAUCAGCGGGCAUGUAUUCCCCUGGCUACUCGGAGCACAUGCCGAUGGGGAAAUUCUUCAACAACCGUGCGCAUUCCAACUACCGGGCUGGAAUGAUCAUCGAUAAUGGCGUUAAAACUACUCCAGCCUCCGCCAAGGAUAAGAGACCUAUCCUGACUCUGAUUUCUGGAAGAUACAGCCCACACAAAGAUGCUGAUCCUUUGAAGCCCAGGGAACCUGCAAUAAUUGAGCACUUUAUUGCCUACAAGAACCAGGAUCACGGGGCCUGGCUGCGGGGUGGAGAUGUGUGGCUGGACAACUGCCAGUUUGCUGACAAUGGCAUUGGCCUGACCUUGGCGAGUGGUGGGACUUUUCCUCAUGAUGACGGCUCAAAGCAAGAAAUCAAGAACAGCCUGUUUGUUGGUGAGAGUGGAAACCUGGGCACUGAGACGAUGGAUAAUGAGAUCUGGGGACCUGGAGGUCUGGAUCACAGAGGAAGGACCCUGCCCAUUGGCCCAGAUUUUCCCAUUCGAGGGAUUCAGUUCUAUGAUGGACCCAUCAAUGUCCAGAACUGCACAUUCCGCAAAUUCGCUGCCCUGGAUGGCCGGCACACCAGCGCCCUGGCCUUCCGCCUCAACAAUGCCUGGCAGAGCUGCCCCAACAACAACGUCACUGACAUUCAUUUUGAAGAUGUCCCUAUUACCUCAAGGGUCUUCUUUGGAGAACCUGGCCCCUGGUUCAAUGAUCUGGAUAUGGAUGGUGAUAAAACAUCAGUUUUUCAUGAUGUGGAUGGCUCUGUAUCAGAGUAUCCAGGCUCAUAUCUGAUAAAAGAAGAUAACUGGUUAAUCAAGCACCCUGACUGCAUUGACGUGCCCGACUGGAGAGGUUCCAUCUGCAGUGGACACUUUGCACAGAUAUACAUCCAAGCCUACAAACCAGCCAACCUGAAAAUGAAAAUAAUUAAAAAUGACUACCACAAUCACCCACUCUACUUGGAAGGGGCUUUGAGCAAAAGCACUCAUUACCAGCAGUAUCAGCCAGUUAUAACUCUGAGGAAAGGCUACACCAUCCACUGGGACAAGACAGCCCCUGAAGAGCUGGCCAUAUGGCUCAUCAACUUCAACAAGAACGACUGGAUCCAAGUAGGGUUUUGCUAUCCUAAAGGGACAACAUUUUCCAUUCUCUCAGACAUCCAUAAUCGUCUCUUGAAGAAAACAUACAAAACUGGAACCUUCUACAGAGCUUCUCAAAUGGAGAAACUGGAGCACAGAUACCCUAGCAAAGGAUAUUACUAUUGGGAUGAGGACACUGGGCUGCUGUUUCUGAAACUUAAAGCUCAAAAUGAGAAGGAGAAAUUUGCUUUCUGCUCUGUCAAGGGCUGUGAACGAAUAAGGAUCAAAGCUGUGAUCCCAAAGACAGCUGGCAUCAGCGACUGUGAAGCCAUGGCCUAUCCCAAGUACAUUGAGACACCAAUAGUGGAAGUGCCAAUGCCUAAGAAGCUCUCUAGUGCACAGCUGAAGACUAAGGACCAUCUACUAGAAGUGAAAAUCGAAACUUAUAAGAAACAAUACUUCCACCUAAAGGAUGACUUUGCAUACAUUGAGGUUGAUGGUGUCAGGUUUUUCCUCACUGAUGAAGGUAUCCAACUGGUUGUGAUUGAUGGGCAUCAUGGAAAAGUUGUUGAUCGAGUAACAUUCAAAAACUCAAUUCUACAGGGAAUCCCAGCACAGAUAGAAAAUUAUGUCAACAACAUCAAAGACCACUCCAUCGUGCUGGUGACAUCUAAAGGAAGAUUCAUUUCAAGAGGACCAUGGACUAAAGUACUGGAAAGACUCGGAGCAGAAGAGGGAUUUAGGUUAAAAGAAAAAAUGGCUUUUGUCGGCUUCAAAGGCAGCUUCCGCCCGGUAUGGGUGAAGCUGGUCACUAAUGAGGACUCGGCUAAAAUCUAUCAAGCACUGCCAAUUCCUGUGGUGAAGAAAAUGAAAUUAUGAGGACACACUGCUCUGCCUUCUGGCUGCCAGCACUACCCCGUGGGAUGGACUACUGACUGCUCGCCGCAGGCACCUCGCCAGCCUGCUCCAGAGGUGUAGCGUUUUGUUGUUGUUGUUGCUGUUCAAAAUGAAACCUUACUGUAGCUAGAGUGGCCACAUGUGACAGACAAGCCUUCCUCUGUGAUCAGUGUACGUUCUGUGAUCACCAGCUCCUCAUCAGUUGACUUGCUCACUGACACCGUGUUGACUCUUGUAUUACUAAGCAAGGUUUGACCUGGUUUACAAGGUACUGGUUUUGUCAGCACCUCUGUGACAGAUUAAUUUAUGUGCUGUGCCUCGAAAGGGGAGUUCUAGGUCUGAAGGCCAUCAAGGAUUGUUGCUUUUACCAGCCUCUAAGCUGUCCAAACCCUUUUUUUUCCCUAGUGUAACUAGUGCUAGCUAGUGUAACUAGCUGCUCACAAACACCUGAUGCCAACUUAAAGGUUGGUUGAAAAUCUAAGACAGAAAGAGUAUAUUUGAAUUAUUACUUCGAUGCUGGGAAACAUAACUGGACAGUGAGAAUUUAUCCUAAAGCUUCUGUGAUGUUUGGUCAUGCUUUUUGGGAUCUGUAUUGAGCAUGGUAACCCAUGGCACAUGGCUGGGGAAGAGAGAGGAGCGGGUAAAACAUGCCAGUGGAAACUGAUGAAACCACGCGUUUCUGCUUGCUCAGAUAAUCAUAUUUCUCCUAUGGAUCAAGGUUUUUUAAUAGUGGUUGCUCAAAUAAGAUGUUUUCCUUCAAGAAGCAGCAGGAAAGCAAAGUCAAUUUGCAAAUUUAUUUUCUCAGCUUUUCCCAUAUUGUCCCUACAUAUAAUAAUGUUCAGGAUCAGUCUGGAGUGUUUGUGGUAGCCAGUCAAAGCCAUCCUGUUCAAGGCUUCCAGUUUUUACUUGGGAACACUGGGACUUACCUUAUUUAGUCUCAGAUAGGGUGAGCAAGCCUUGGUUUUCCAGGGAGGCUGGAGGGAAUAGAACCAGAUCACUCUCCUGUGUAUUGCUUUCCAAUCCUGUCCUUAGGCUUAUGGGCAUGAGUGUUUUGGUCCUGCUGGAAGGGUUGCGAGAGAUCUGGAUGGAAGAUGGCAAAGGUCUUACCAGGCAGCUGAAGAGUCAGAGUGGGAAUCCCCAUACACUAGUUAGAUGUUUGUACAGCCUUUCCCCUUCUUCAAAGAAGUAUCUGGGUAAUGAAGGCAGAUUAGCGUGAAUCAGAACUCCCAUGAGGACAUCUAUUGAAGCUGCGAAUUUACAUAUUAUUCUGUAAAACAUUGUAAGCACUUCUGGUGUUCAGUGAUAUUUCUAUCUGUGGCUCAGAAAUGCCAUGAAGGCGUCUCUGAGGGCUGUGGCUAUUGUAAGAAAUCGAAGGGUAGGGGUAAAAGACAGGAUGAUGAGCUUUUCAAAGCACACAGAAUAUCAGUUUUGUCAAUAAUAUCUGGGUUUGUUUUCCCACUUUGUCUUUGCCUGUUCCCACUGGUACAAAAUUCAUUCUAGUUGCUGAUGGUUACUUCAUUUUGCUGUGGUUUCAUUAAUUCAUGUCAUUAAGUUGCCUUUUCCCCACAGUAUCCAAAAUAUUAUCUUGCAGCUAGCAUGAAAGAACAAGAAUUUUGUGUCAUUCCAAAUGCUCGGCAGGUUUGCAAUCUGUAAACCUGGUUUGGAUCAAUUGCUGUGAAAGUCAAAGCAGCCCUGAGCAAAAUUGAUAUAGUAUUGUAGGUUACAUUCCCCUCAAGCCUCUCCUGGGUUUUGAAACUGGAAAUAUUCUUUUCAGCCUUAUUCUAUAGUUGUUCUGAACUCACUGAAUGUCAUGUGUGUUGUAUUUAGAAGAAGAGCUAAGCUUUCCCUCCCCUACUUCUCAACAAGAGUCUGUUCAUGAAGGCUCUUCAGGCAUUUGUGCCAUUUCCCGAAUGAAUGGGCAACACUUGUAAAAAUCAAGUAAAGUGGGUUGUUUUUAACUCCAAAGGCAAAUAGAGCCAGGUCCCUGAAUUCGAGCAAAUAGACUAAACCCAAGUCCCUUGAGUAGGCUAAUUUGGGUUGUCUAAACCUCUUCACUGUCCUUAGGCAAUUCUGUUGAUACCAAUUUUGGGAACAUGCUUGCUCGCAAAAGAUGGACCAAAGCAGGAGUAUUUCUUUUAUGAGCACUUGAAAAAAAACAGUGGGUGGGCAGGAAAGCCAGGCUCAAAAUGUACUUGGGUUGGGAUAUGGCUUUGUAUGACACGUAGGGUAGCGCUUGCCCUCUGUGGUGUCCUGCUUCACUGGGCCAUCAGCUGUUUCUCUUCUGCUUCCUGGAAGCACACUAAUUCCCCGGGAGGAUUAUACCAGGUGGGUCUAUUCCCUAGGCAGGUUUGUUCAGCUCCUGUGAGCAUGCUGCCUUUGUGAAGUGUAGCAUCUGAAUUUACUAUUUUGGGUAUUCUCAGGGUGAAAUCAUAACACUUGGCUCUAGGAAAAACUUCUUUCUUUUUCUUUCCUAAAAAAAUCUCAUUUUAUUAAAAGAAGAAAACUUUCAUGUAGCUUGUUCUAUCACACAAGUCUUGUCACAUGGGGCCUGUUGGAGCUAAGGUGGGUCUCAUGCUGUGAAUACAGAAUACAGGAUCACUGCAGUCUGUGAGCCUGAGGGACAAUAGAGCAUCAUAGUGGGGCAGCCACAGCUGGGAAAUGCAAAGGGCUUCUGUUGGUCUUUAUGGGAUAAAGUCAAUGUAUUGCUCUGAAGACAGAAUGAAGCCUACUACCAUCACCAGUCAGCAAUAGUUUUGUGCCAUAGGAUUACUUUUUAAUCUUUGACUGUUCUAGAAAUUGCACACGCACAUUUUGACUAGUGAAUUAUCUGACUGCUUGUUCUCUGUACACCUUGUACAGUCCCUGCACAAGCUGCAGUUCCCCUCUUUGUAAGUUUUUAUUACUGCAGAUGUUUCUAUGUUUGCCUACGCAAUUGCCAUUGGUAGAGUGGAGGGGUUUUGUUUGCAUUUUGUUUGUUUGUCUCUUUGUUUGUUUGGAUGUUUGGGGUUUUGCCUCUGUUUGAAUGCUUGUUUUACCUGUCGCCGAAACAGCUGGUCCUUUUUCGGAGUUCGAAGUUUGUACAUUUUCUUAUAGACUUUCCAAUGAAAAAAAUAUAUAUAUUUUCUAUUAAUUUAUUACAAUGGCACUAAGACAACUAAAUUGCAGACAUAUGAAGCAUUUUUACUGGAGUUUAGCAUUGUCCAGGUUGUUAAGGAGGUCAGCAAUAUGUCUUUUCUGAUAAUCUGCUUUGCACUUGAAAGCUCUCUAUGUCCGCAGACCGUGGUAAUGCAUUGACUGUCUGGGUUAUGAUGACAAGAGCUCUUGGGACGUUGGUUCCAACAGAUUGUGGCUUACAACUGAAAUAACAUGUAGUUGUUUGGAGUACACAAUGUUUAUCAAAAUAAAUAUUCAAUGCAAAUUUCUUAUUUUA